UGAUCUUGCCUGUCAUUGGUAGACAGCCAGACAGUGAGAGAAGUGGGCUUUGUCUUGAGGUGCUCAAUCCUUUAUUACAACUGAAGAAAUGCAGAGAGUGAGGGAGGGAACUUUCUGUUCAGAGGUUUAUCGUUGUCUAAGUUUAGAUCUUGGCCCACAGACGGUGUCUCAAAUAACAAGGCUAGAGACUCACUACAGCGACUCCACAUUCCAGAUGGAAACACAGCCACACGGAGAGCUAAACGGAGACAAGCACGGAAAAAUUGCGAGUCAGAAAAAGGGAGAGGCGGCAUAAGGUUUAUUCAUGCACUGUCCUGUAACUGGAUAUUUCACACAGAAGACACACAUUAACUUGCCGAGCACAACUAGGAUAUUUGCUCUGAGACUUCUUCCUGGUGGGUUUAUGUCUCUGUUCUGCCUAAACUAUGACAGAGGAAGCAAUCUCAGAAACUCAGCAGUCUUCAGCCUCUGGGUCCGCUCAACAUUUUCUACGAGAUGUCAUCUUUCAUGGCAAGUUUAGGGCUCUCAGUCCAGAGGAAAGCACCAGUUGCUAUCAUGGACUUUUCUUCCAGGAUGGUCAGCGGCGUGUCGACUACAUUCUCACUUACCCUGUGAGGAAGCCAGGUGGAGGGCGCUCCAGUCGACAGUCAGACCACAGUCUCACAGAGAACUUUGCUUCCCGCACUCUGGGACAAAGCAAGCAGGUCCAAGGUGCAUCCACAGUGGUUGAUGUGGAAGUGGGAUGUCUGGAAGAACCUCUUAACAGCCAGGAGGAUCACAAAACAUUCAGGAGGGAGGAGUUUGAGAAAAAUCUGAAAGAAAUGGGACUAGAGCUGGAAAAAGAUGAGGAAGCCUUGAUUCCUGGUUUGGGCUUUGUAAAGAUUCAUGCACCCUGGAACGUUCUCUGUCGAGAGGCUGAAUUAAUGAAGCUAAAGAUGCCCACAAAGAAGGAAGCCAGUGGUGCAGGAGCUGAGUCUCCGGAGUCUGGUGUGGGCAGCAGAGGGAGGCCGAAGACCCAACUAGAGGCUCUGGAGGCUGAGGCCCAUGGUGGAGCUCAGAAUCAGACACUUUAG